GCAGGCGCGCCAGGCAGGCCAAUGGCACAGCUAGCGGGAAAGUCGAGCGCUGCGCCCCGGGGACCAUGAGCUGUCAAGUGCACCCGGCCGAGUCCGGGACGGAGCUCCUUGCCCGACUGGAGGGUCGAAGUUCUUUGAAAGAAAUUGAGCCCACACUAUUUGCUGAGGAAGACACACCUGCUCAGGGCCACAUCCUGGAGCUGCAUGGCCCCGAGGGCACGGGCAAGACAGAGAUGCUUUACCACCUGACAGCACGCUGCAUCCUCCCGAGGGGCUCUGGAGGCCUGGAGGCCGAGGCCCUGUUCAUUGACACCGACCACCACUUCGACCUGCUCCGGCUGGUGACAGUGCUGGAGCACCGGUUGCCAGGAAGCUCGGAGGGGUGCGUGCGGGCCUGCCUACGCCGCCUGUGGGUGCUACGGUGUGUGAGCAGCACCCAGCUCCUGCUCACACUUCACUCGCUGCCUGAGCUGCUGUGCCGCCGCCCAGGGCUGAGCCUGCUGCUCCUAGACAGCCUGUCCACCUUCUACUGGAUGGACCGUGCCCUGGGUGGCGAGAAUGCCCGCCUGCAGGAGGCACCCCUGCAUCACUGCGCAAAGCUCCUGGAGCAGCUGGUGGGUGCCCACCGCCUGCUGCUGUUCGCCACCACGCAGGACCUCAUGCAGAGACGCCAUGGAGACCAGGACCAAGUCCGGGACCCGGAACCCAACUACCGACCCUACCUGUGCCAGGCCUGGCAGCGGGCUGUGCGCUACAGACUCUUCUUUUCCAGGCAUCACGAUGACGAGCACAGCCUGCGGUUCUCGGUAGUUUCUCGGCACUUGGCAGGCCACACCGUGAAGAGACAAUUCUUCACCGUUGGAGAAACCGGGGUGCGGUUUUGUUGAUGGUGCUACGGACCCAUCAACAUGUUGCCGAGUAUUUA